AUGAGCCUACAGAUUGAAGCGACAAUUGCGACCUUUGCCGGGAAGCUGCACAAGAUUGUGCAUGAAUCCAGUGCGGUAGGGGGCCAAAUGAAGUUCAAUUUGUUUUUGCCUGCCCAGACGAGCACCCAUAAGGUCCCGCUGCUGUACUACCUUGCCGGACUCACCUGUACCGGUGACAAUGGUGCAGAAAAGGGAGGCUUGCUCUGUCCAGCUGCCCAGCAUGGAAUUGCCAUUGUUUUCCCCGAUACCUCGCCCCGGGGCGCCCAGAUCGCCGGAGAGGACGAUAGCUGGGACUUUGGAACGGGUGCCGGGUUCUACCUGAACGCAACCAAGGCGCCCUGGUCGACAAACUACCGGAUGGAGGACUAUGUUGUGAACGAGCUGCCCAAAUUACUUGAGCAGCAGUUUGGCAAGGAGAUUGACAUGUCCAGACAGUCGCUGUUCGGCCACUCCAUGGGUGGGCACGGUGCGCUGUCUUUGUUCUUGCGUUACCCCAACAAAUACAAGUCGGUUUCUGCGUUUGCGCCUAUUUCAAACCCUUCCGAGUGUCCCUGGGGAGAAAAGGCCUUUUCCGGGUACCUUGCGAGCAAAGAGGAGUGGGCGGAGCACGACGCAACGGAGCUGAUCAAAAAGUACGAUGGGCCCACUCCCGAGAUCCUGAUCGACGUCGGGCGGGGCGACCAAUUCUAUCAGCAGAAGCAGCUGCUGCCCGAGAACUUUUCAGACGCCAGUCUGGCGAGCAAAUAUGCGAACAAGGUGAACCUCCGGAUCCACGAUGCGUACGACCACUCUUACUAUUUCGUCGCUACGUUCGCAGUUGACCACAUUGAACACCACGCCAAGUAUCUAAACUAA